UUUGAGGCAGUCAAUUGAUACUAUUUACACUCAUUCACCCAAAUUGUACAGCAGAAGACCACAGCUCAAUUAUAUCAGAAGGGAGUUGAGAUAUUUUUGCCUGAUGAUGCGAUUCCUAAUUGAUCCCCGUGUAUGCACAGUGCCCCGGCUCCUAAAUUUAGGGGGAAGGCUCAAAAAGCCCCCACUGUGCUGUCUCCAAUCAAGUCGCGGGGAGCAAGACAAAAUCAGUAGAGUAUUAUUGCCCACUAUUGCCAGAGUAUCGUGUGUCUGACUCUAGUAUUCAAACUAUUAUGUUGAUUUCUAAGAAUCUCGUGUAACCGUGUGUUCCUCUCACAGAGCAUUCCCCACUACCCGCGCGGGAAUGUCACUAAUCCUAUUUCGUACUUUGAAGCCGCGCGCGCACUUGACAUAUUACCACCACCGACGUAUCCGUAAUGACCAUUGCUCGUCUUCUCAAUAUGAGAGGCAUACAUCACAGCAGAACUCUUGUUUAUCCAAGGCUGCGAGCAUGGAACAUAUUUCGUACUCUGGGAUUCAUGUCUUCUAUUUCUUUGGCGAGUGAAGUUGGACGGCAGUGCCCUACAUGUGGCAUACUAUGAAUACUGCUUUGAUUCCUGUUCUUGUUAAUAGCAAGGAGAAAGUUGAAUGUACAGAUUAGAUCAACUUUAUUGGCCUGAAGCAUCUAGUAUGAGAAUAUCUGGCAUCCCUACGAAAGUUACCCACUAUCACAAGGCAGUGCUACCUUCCCGCGCGGGAACCAGCCCGCGCGCUAUUGAUCAAUCGCCCUAUGGUGAUAGGCGUUAGAAAGUAUCCAAAAGCUAGUAAGAACUGAGAAACCCUUGGAAACGUAUAAAUUCGUGUAUAAAUAUCGAUCAAUGUCUCGCAAACUAUGCCGGAUAUCCUUCACGCAUUGCAAUCGUCUCAACUCUCAAUUCGUCAUCUACGAUUAUCUGAAUACUAAAUCAUGUCUUCCAAACCCAUCGCUCUCAUCCUAGGCUCCGGACCCAGAGUCGGUGCUGCAGUAGCCAAGCAACUUUCCAGCACUGGUUAUAAUGUAGCCGUUGUUUCUCGCAAGGCAGCAGGGGGCAAGACGGCCGAAGGCUAUCUGUCCAUUCAAGGAGACCUGUCGAACCCGUCAUCCAUCCCAGCGAUCUUUGAUGCUGUCAAAUCAGAGUAUCAAAUCGCACCAAGCGUCGUGGUAUACAACGCUGCCGCCUUAGUCCCACCCAAUGGCGACGACAUCUUCUCCAUCCCAGCGGAGGCUCUCGCCAACACCCUCAACACGAACACAGUUUCCUUUUAUGCAGCUGCUCAGCAAGCUGUCAAAGGAUGGGAGACGCUCACCACGGAUGCGAAGAAGGUUUUCAUCUACACUGGAAACAAAUCAAACACCACCAUCCUUCCGAUUCCACUCACGCUGACUCUGAGUGUUGGAAAAUCGGCUUCUUCCUAUCUCGUCGGCGCGGCCGACCUGUACUACUCGAAACUGGGCUAUCGAUUCUACUACGCCGAUGAGCGCACUGAGGACGGUGGUAUCAAGGGAAUGCAGCUUGAUGGCGACGCUCAUGGCGAAUUUUUCGCGCAGCUUGCAAGUGGCCAGGGCGAAGUUCCAUGGCACGCUACCUUUGUUAAGGGAAAGGGCUACGUCAAGUUCUAGAUAUGGAGGUUUUCAGAUAGAUUCC